GUGAUCGAGCGUCUGAACGCGGAAGAGGAAGUGAAAGCAUUUAUCGUCCCUGUAAACAUGACAGAAGCGAAACUUGUAAAGUGAGUUGAGGAUUUUGAGGCGAUUUUGAGUUAAACACGACUGCAGAAACUCAGUGAUGGCGGUGAAAGAGUCGAUGUUCCUCCUGCUGCUGCUCUUCUUCUCUCAGGUCGACGGUCAGGAGGCGAUUCUGCGCGUGUCGAAUGGAUCUACAGUCCGGGAAUACUGUCUGGUGUUCAACUCCAGCUGGAGCAACAUCUCCCAGAGCCCGACUGAAGCUGUGGGCUAUCCGCUGGUGAACCUGACGUCCAGUCAGCUGUGUGAUGCGAGUCAUGUGACCCCGGGCUCUGUGAAGGGUAAGGCCGUGGUGGUGAUGCGCGGAGGCUGUGAGUUCAGUCAGAAAGCUCUGGUCGCUCAGAGUCUGGACGCGUCUGUGCUUCUGAUCGCCAGCAAUACUGAUCUGGUGACGCCAGCGGCCAACGAGUCCGAGUACAGCAAGGUGAAGAUUCCUCUGGCCCUGCUGAGAUACCGGGACGUCCUGGACGCUCUGAAGGUGUUUCCUCAGGGAAUGGAGGUGAGGUUAUACGCUCCACCUGUGCCGCCGUUUGACGCCAGCAUCAUCGUUAUGUUGUUGAUCGCCGUGUUUACGGUGACCAUGGGCGGAUUCUGGAGCGGAGCAGCAGAAAAGGCGAGGCAGGCCGCGGGUCCGUCGUCUGAGGCGGGCGACGGCCGGUCCGACAGCGGCGAGCUCUCGCUCUACUCUCCUCUGAAGGUGCUGCUGUUCGUGGCCAUGAUGUGUGUGAUGCUGGUGCUGAUGUACUUCUUCUACAAGUGGCUGGUGUAUGUGAUCAUCGUCAUAUUCUGCCUGGCGUCAGCAUCGGCGCUCUAUAACUGCCUGGAUUCUCUGAUGACGGCUGUGGGCUGCGGGACGCUCAGUGUGUCCUUCCGUGAGAGAAGCGUGUCUGUGCGGUCGCUGCUGCUUGCCGCCGUCUGCAUCACACUGUCCGUGAUCUGGGGCGUGUACAGGAAUGACGACAGGUGGAUCUGGAUUCUUCAGGAUCUGUUGGGCAUCGCGUUCUGCCUGAACUUCCUGAAAACCAUCAGCCUGUCCAACUUUAAGAUCUGUGUGAUUCUGCUGAGUCUGCUGCUCCUCUACGACGUCUUCUUCGUCUUCAUCACGCCGUUCCUGACGCCUAAUGGAGAAAGCAUCAUGGUGCAAGUCGCUCUCGGUCCGGGCGCAGGUGGAGGAAAGGGUGGUGGCAAGGGGGUGGUGGUUCCAGCUGACCCGACGUCCUCCUAUGAGAAGUUGCCUGUAGUGAUGCGUAUCCCACAGUUCUCUGCGGUGGCUCAGAACCUGUGUAUGAUGCAGUUCUCCAUUCUGGGCUACGGUGACAUCAUCAUACCAGGGCUGUUGGUGGCGUACUGCCACAGGUUUGACGUGUGGAAGGGAAACUCCAGAAGAACCUACUUCAUCUCCUGUGCUGUCGCGUACGCCGUGGGUCUCGUGGUGACUUUUGCGGUCAUGCUGGUGUCUAAGAUGGGUCAGCCCGCUCUGCUCUACCUGGUUCCCUGUACGCUCCUCACCAGCUCCAUCCUGGCCUCCGUGCGCAAGGAGUUCAAAGAGUUCUGGGCCGGUACCAGCUGUAAGGUUCUGGACGAGUCUAGGAAGCCCUUAUUAUCAGAUGGAGCCGCUGGAUACGCCGGAGAAGUGAGGAACUGCUGAGGGAUCCGUGACUGACCCGUGUUCCCUCUGACACGUGCUGCAAGCGACAUGCCAACUGUAAAUCUUCAUGAUGAUUUGAUGGGAAUAAUGAGCGUUGCUUCUGACUGAUGAAGCAGCAUCACCAUCAUCAUCAUCAUCACACUGGGACACUUUACUAAAAUAUCAGACUGUCUGAAAAUGAUUCUUUAAGGGGCCUUAAAUUACCAGAUCAACCUGCUGUUUUUUGGUCUUUCACUUUUUUUUAUGUGAUAAUUUUAUAACCUAAUGUUUGAAAUAUUCCACAAAACAGUAAUGAAGUUUACUCUUUUUCUUUGUCAUUAAAUACAAAUAUGAAAACAAAA